AUGGGCAGCAAGAAGAAGGAAAUCGCCCUGCAGGUCAACAUCAGCACCCAGGAGCUUUGGGAGGAAAUGCUCAGUUCCAAAGGACUAACUGUUGUCGAUGUCUAUCAAGGCUGGUGCGGCCCCUGCAAGCCCGUGGUGAGCCUCUUCCAGAAAGUGAGGAUGGAGGUUGGCCUGGACCUCCUGCACUUCGCCUUGGCGGAGGCAGACUGUCUGGACGUCCUGGGAAAGUACCGCGGGAGGAGUGAGCCCACCUUCCUGUUCUAUGCAGGAGGGAAGCUGGUGGCUGUGGUCAGAGGAGCCAACGGCCCGCUGCUGCAGAAAACCAUCCUGGACCAGCUGGAGGCCGAGCGGAGGGUGCUGGCUGAAGGCCGGGAGCGGAAAGUGAUCAUAGAUGAGGCUCUCUCUGAGGACGAGGAACGCUCUUCCCACGGAAAGGACGGUGGCCAAGACGCGGACGUGGCUUCGUCAGAGAAGACCUGCACCCUGGCCAUCAUUAAGCCAGAUGCAGUCGGCCACGGGAAGACGGAUGAGAUCAUCGUGAAGAUCCAGGAAGCCGGGUUUGACAUUGUAACGAGUGAGGAGAGGACCAUGUCGGAGGCAGAAAUGCGACUCUUCUACCAACACCGAGCUGGAGAGGAGGCAUUUGAGAAGCUGGUCCAUCACAUGUGCAGCGGGCCCAGCCACCUCCUGAUCCUCGCCAGGACCGAGGACACCGAGGACGUCGCCGCCGCCUGGCGAGCCCUCAUGGGGCCCAGUGACCCGCAUGUGGCCAGGAGGGAGCAGCCUGACAGCCUCCGCGCUCAGUACGGCUCGGAAGCGCCCUUCAACGCGGUCCACGGGAGCCGGGACGCCGAGGCCGCCCGCCGGGAGCUGGCCCUGCUCUUCCCCGGCUUCACGUUCGCAGACCACGUCCCCGAGGCCUCGCCGGACCUGGAGGAAGGAGUGGUUCCGCCCUCCCCCGAGGAUGUGCACUGA